GGUCGCAGGAGAGGACGGGCGACCAGAGAGAAACGGCCUGGGCGCGAUGCACAGCAAGGAGAUGAUGCGCGUCAACAGCCACAGCACGGAAGUCCUCCGCAUGGACCAGCUAAUGCACCAGGACGACUGGGUUCGUGACUCGGAGCGCCACCGAUGCCAUGUCUGUACGCGCAACUUUACCAAGCUCCGCCGCCGCCACCAUUGCCGCGUCUGCGGCGAAGUCGUGUGCUAUAACUGCUUGCUCAAAAAGUAUGCGGAAUUGCCGGUGAAAGGUCGCACGGAUGUAAAAGUGUGCAUGUCGUGCAUACUGUUGCACGCGACCAAGCAAAACGGGGCACAAAUACCUUUGCCGCCUCAGGUCGCGUCGUCGGGAAAGCAUCCCACAUCCGAAAGCUCCAGGCGACACUCGGCGCGGGACACCAUUGAUACCCGGAAGAAUUCGGAGUACAUGCCAUCAUCUCGGUUCUCGCCGCGCGGCGGGAGCUCAACUUUUGACGAUACGACGUCUAGUCGUCAUGGCAGCCGCGCCGAUCUCUCCGACACGAUCGAUUAUCUGCUAGACUUUAGCUGGGGAUACGCGUGGCCAAAGCCACCCGUGCUCCCGGACGAACAAGAGCGAUUGGCCGUCCUCCGGAGCUUCGACAUCCUCGACACGCCCACGGAAGACGUGUUUGACAUCAUCUGCGAGCUCGCGAGCAACGCCUUCAAGUGUCCCAUCGCAGUUGUGAGUUUGGUUGACCAAGACCGGCAGUGGUUCAAGGCCAGCGUCGGCCUCGCGCAGACUGAAAUUCCGCGCAACGUGAGCUUUUGCGCGCACACAAUCAUCUCGAAGGAGCCCAUGGUCGUGCUGGACACGCACCAAGACCGCCGCUUCGUCAAGAAUCCGCUCGUAACUGGAGGUGCAAGCAUUCGAUUCUACGCCGGAUCGCCCAUCGUCGCCUCGUCUGGCCAUGUCUUGGGCACUGUGUUUGUGUUUGACAACCAGCCACGGGCGUCUUGCGACGUUGCAACGCUGGAAAAGCUUUCGAACGUUGCGAUGAAGAACCUGGAAGACCGAAAAAGUGCAGCCGACGUCGUGCCAGGCCCAGUACUCGCCCCGGCGCCGACGGCGGUCGUCGUGGCCGCCCCUCCCGUCCCACCACCACCAGCUCCCGCGACCUCUACCUUGCACUCACAAGAUUUGGUUGUCCAAACCAACGGCCCUGGCGAUGGUCAAGUCGUCAGUGGCCCCAAGAUGGAAACCAUGCUCAUGGACUUGCUGUGCCGCACGACCGAGACGCAGCAGCAACUUGCAACGCAGCAAGGUGCGAUGUUCCAAACGCUGGGGCAACAUACCGUUCAGAUCGACAAACUUGCAGAUGCCGUCAAGCGCAUGGAGGCCAAGUUAGACGCGCGAGAAGCGCUAGAAAGUGGAGUAAUACUCAACAAGCAGUGAUUGUGUCGCGAAGGUACAAUCGACGUUUGUGCUGUCGA